AGUUAAAUAUAAGCAAUUAGUUAUAAAUUGGCGAUCGUAACCGACAGUAUCGUGCCGGUAUGGCUGUGGGAACAAAGAAUUUACUCUGACUGUUAUUAGCUGUUAACUUCAACCUAUCAUUAACCACGUGGAUGAAACCAGAGGUGAACAGUGAUCGAUUGCUUUGAUUGCUUUGAGUUCAACCGACUCGACGUACUGUCAAACGAUACUCCUGAUCGCGGUAGAAUUAUAUCUAUGAAAUUUAAUAUUUAAAUAGGGAUACGAAUAUCUUCAAUUUUUUCUAUCCUUUCUGUUCUUUUAAAUAACUCUUAAAGGCAGGCCAAAUUUGGCGCCCAACGAGAAAAGAAAAAAUGUAUAACCCAUUGCGCCGAUUGCGAUGACACACAUUUUUCAGGAUCACGAGAAAAUCAUUUUACGAGAUCUCUCACCCUUAAUUAUUCGACUAAGGUCUCGUUUCAUCUGAACGUCCUCUGUUGGGUCCUUCGUUUGUAACGAAGGGUGGGAUGAGUCUACUGCCUGGUGGGGACCAUUUCUAUAUAAUCGACGGUGAAGGUGCCCGUCUCUCCAUAUUCCCUAUCAGUGACCACGUUUCUUUUACCGUCGUCUUCUAUACUUUACAAAGAGAUAAGUGAUACAAGAUGAUGUUGGUGCCGCUGGCUGUGGUGCUUCUCGCAGCGUUUAUCAACGCCGAGCCGGCAAUUAAUGAAUCCGGACCGCGUAAUAACCGACCUGGAAGGUUCUUGUCUCUUCCAAUACCGCAAAAGUGCGCAAAUCGACCGAAGCAGUUUAAUUUCCGGGGGCACAAUUAUUUCUACAGCGGACACGUGCCAGCCCAUGCUAAUCAAAGAGGAGACUGGUUAGACGGUAGAAACAUUUGCAGGGAAUAUUGUAUGGAUCUUGUCUCGAUAGAGACCCAAGAAGAGAACAACAUGAUCUUCAAACUUAUUCAACAGAACGAUGUUCCAUACAUCUGGACAUCCGGACGCCUUUGCGACUUCAAGGGCUGCGAAAAUCGACGUGAUCUCGAGCCUAAGUCCCUGUAUGGUUGGUUCUGGUCGGCGAAUCGCGAGAAGAUGUCACCCACUAACCAGACACCGGCAGGCUGGUCUUUCAACCCGUGGUCGCAGACCGGCCACAAGAAGGUCAGACAACCAGACAAUGCUGAGUACGACAUCAAUGGCACCACCGAAUCCUGCCUGGCCGUCCUGAACAACGUAUAUAAUGACGGCAUCGCCUGGCAUGACGUCGCGUGUUACCACGAGAAGCCGUUUGUUUGCGAAGACUCCGAGGAGCUUCUCAACUACGUGGCCAGCACCAACCGCGGCAUCCGCCUCUAAAGCGACCGCGGUCAGCUCGACACCUACGUGGUGAUCAUGAUCUUCCAUCAGCGCCACAUCAGUACUUACUCCCUUUCUAUACUUCCCGUAGCAAGGAGGGAGCGACGAGACACGUGUCGAAAUAGACACACGAGAUUUUUCUAUGUGGCGGUUCUUGAUACUCGAAUAAUUCCUUCAUAAUUUAAUGGAAUUAUAAUUUAUAAUAUACGAAUUCUCUACAACUCUUUUGUAUAAUUAUA